CUCGCCUGAAAGACCAAACACAACGGGAUGGAUUUCUGCACGACGUGAACAGGAGCGGGGGGACAGCUCCCUCAAACAGAAAAAGCAAGGAUGUCUGGGAUGGAUGUCCCGCUGGUGGACCACAAUGAGACUGGAAUCUCUCCAAUAGACAAUGGGACCUUCCUCCGAUUCUCUCCAACCUCUGCCUCCACGUCAGCGGCCGCCUCAUCGCCGGGACGUCCAGGCAACGUUUAUGUUUACGUGUGGCUCUUCCUCGGCCUGCUGGUGUUCCUGCUCACGCUGCUCAUCAUCUCCCUCCACAGGCUGAAGAACAUCAUCUCCUCCUCCUCCUCCGUCCCCGACUGCAGCAGCGAAGGAGGGAGCUCCUUCACCAACAUGGAGAUCUGCAGCAUCUCGUCUCAGAGGUCCACCAUCUCCUCACUGUCCACCUGAGGACGAGAGGGAGGGAGAUGGGAGGGAGUGCACACAGACAUAUAUGCCCGUGUGCAUUCACUCCAGCAUGCAUGCUUACAUGCAAACAACAGGCAUGCAUGCACACGCAUAAAGACAUACAGCUCUUGCUCCUCCUCACUGUGACAUACAAAAACAAACACACACCACCAGCUACAAAAGAGCUGACAGCGUGGCUUUACUCUCUCUGCAUGCAUAUUCUACUCCCAACGGUCCACUGAUUCAGGUGUGUCCAAGCAAUUUGCUCAGGCACAGGGGAAAUAUGACUCACAAUUUGAUGAAGAGGUCUUCAGGGGUGAGUGUGACUGAACCCUUCUGAGCCUUAUUUCAAUGAUUAAGACAAAUGAACCAGGAAAAUUGCCUCCUCUCUGCAGGAAAAGGGAUAUGGAUGAACUAUUGUCUUUCUUCCUUUUUUGUAAAAGUUAUUUCUUGUACUGUACCUGUCAUAUUUACUGUAGAACAACCUUCAUUGUUUUCAAGUGAAGCUUUGUACAGCAUGCCUCAUAAUGUCUGUAGAGUACACUGCAAAAAUCAGUA